AUGGAUAGACUUGAGCAGAAGUUGAGACAGAUGAGGGCUUCAGACGGAGUUGUUACUUGGGAGGAUUUUGAUAAAGCACCAGUGGCUAGUUUGUCGGCCAAGUUCAGGAUGCCCGAGAUUGAGAGAUACACGGGCAUAGGCUGUCCUCGCAUUCAUUUGAGGCUUUAUAGUACAGUUAUGAGGGCCCAUGGAUUGGAUGAGGCCCAGAUGGAGUUUUUGAGACAGUUUGCAUUUAACACUGUCAUCGAUGUUUCGAGGAGAGAGUUAGAGGCUUUGAGGCAGAGGCUAGAAGAGUCGGUCACUUCAUUUAUCUCCCGCUGGAGGGAGAAGAUUUCACAGAUUGUUGAUCGUCCUUCAGAGAAAGAUCAGAUUAGCAUGAUCAUGAGGAGCUUGCAGCCUAGAUUUGCUAGACACUUGAUGGGAUUCCCCCAUACGGAUUUUGGAUCUUUGGUACAGGCUUUGUAUGGUAUAGAAGAAGGCAUUGCUAGAGGAUUGUGGUCCAAGUCUUCCCCUAUUGAUUCUAAGGGGAAGAAGCCUUCAGGAGGACAGAGAUUAGGAGAUGUUGGUUUUAUUAGUUUAGCAGGGAUGAGACCUCCUAGACACUAUCGGACAGUUGGACAGACUUCUGGAUUCUACUAUCCACCAUCACCCCAUGAGCAGUAUAGGCCACCUGUCACAGAGAGACCUCCUGCCCCAUACAUCCGACCCCAAGCUCCGCAAACCACCACUUAUGUGCAAAGGCCAUCUCGUCAGUGUGCUCAGUUGGGUAUGCCUUUGAGUCGAGCUCUUUGGAAGCUCAUGGAGGGUGGAUUAUUGACUCCAUUGGCACCCAAGCCAGUACCUCAGCCAGUACCACCUCACUUCAGAUUAGACCUACAUUGUUCUUAUCAUCAAGGACCAGCACAUGACACGGAUCACUGCAACGCUUUGAGACAUGCUAUUCAGGAUUUGAUAGACCAGGGUUUGGUUAACUUGGGGCAGCCAAGUGUGACCACUAACCCUCUUCCUGCUCAUUUUACACACACAGUGCCUCCAUCUUCAGGAGAUAUUCAUCCCAUAGACCUUAUAGAGGAUGAUAGUAUACAUAUGUUGAGUUGGGAUGAUGGAUUACCCGAGCCGAUUGUUUUGCAUGACAGUUAUGAGGUUGAUGGGGUUUCAUUGGUCCCUCAGACUCCUGCACCAUUCAGUUUGAUCCCGGACGAGGCACCAUUCCAGUUGACUCAUCCUACACCCUUAGUUAUAGGAUGUCAGGAUGCUUUUGUCCCAUUCACUUUAUGGCCAGAGGAUGAUGAUUCAGAGGGGAGAAAGGUACAGAUUGUGACUCGUAGUGGGAGGAUAGCUCAGCCACUAUCACCGGUAGUCAGACCAUUUGAGGGUGCAACCUCUCAUAAAGAGGUUAAGAGAAAGGAUGAUGAGGUUUUGAGACAGCUACAGAGCACUCAGAUUAGAGUAGAGACUACCACCACUCCUGAGAGAUUGAUUCAUAUGAUGAUGGUCGGCAGGGCCACUUGCAUUGUGUUUUUAGAUGAUGACUUGCCACCUGAUGGUUUAGACCACGUGCGCCCUCUAUACAUCACAGUUGGAUGUUCAGGCCGUAGAGUCCCGUAUGUCCUACUGGACAACGGCUCAGCCCUAAAUGUUUGCCCUUUAGCCACUGCUAUAGCCCUUGGUUUCGCGCCUUUAGAUUUUGGUCCUUCUACUCAAACAGUCAGGGCGUAUGAUAGCACCAAGAGGGAGGUUUUGAGGAUCCCUACAUCAUUUAACCUACUACUAAGCCGACCAUGGAUUCAUAUAGCUGGAGCUAUUCCUUCUUCCCUUCAUCAAAAGGUGAAGUUUAUUCAUGAUGGGCAGGUCAUCACUGUGCGGUCUACCAGGGAUAUAUUUGCCACUUCUGAGCCAGUACUUCAGAUCAGUCACAGUGAGGACGACCUACUUCUGACUGGGUUUACUUUUGAUGAGAUACAGACUCUCGAGAUUGAGGAUUUUUACAGAGAUUUUGUAGCUAUGUCUUUUGAUCAGCAUAGCAGCACAGUGGUCCUUGAUAUGAUGAGGGGUAUGACCUUUCUACCUGGCAUGGGGUUAGGACGACAUCAGUAG